UAUCUACCCUGGGAUAUGUAAUUCUUUUUUUUUUUUUCUUUUUUUUUUUUUUUCCGGAGCUGGGGACCGAACCCAGGGCCUUGCACUUGCGAGGCAAGCGCUCUACCACUGAGCUAAAUCCCCAACCCCUGGGGUAUGUAAUUCUUGAUUCAAAUUAGAUGCCAAUUGAUUUCUGAUAAUAUUCUAGUAUUCCUAUUUUAUUGUAGUUCAGCAAUUCAAAAUUAAUGCUUAGAGCCAUGGUCUUGGCAUAUAAAGGGAUUUUAUUAAAAGAUAGUAAUUCGCAUGUACACUUGUGGAUCAGUAAAAAGCAAUUUAGGGUGUUGGUUCUAGAUUCAUUCAACGCUGUGUUUCUUUCCAGCCUUCGCUUGUAGUUCAUUUCAAACACACAACAACCAAUCUCGUUCUUCCCUCCACGCUGCACAACCUUCUUGCUACAGCCAGCAUCAGACAAGUACCUUGGCCCCAGAGAUCUGUGGGGAAGCCAUUUGUAUCACUGCAAGGGGCUCUGGCAGCUUCCCGGCUGGCCACAGAUGUUAGGGUUCGCUUACAAGGUCCAAAGGAAAGCGAAUCCACUUAGGAAAGAUGUGGCAAAGUAGGGAGCAAAGAGCCACAAACCGCACAUGUAUGGGUACCAGAUAUGGUAGACAAGAGUGGGUGACUAGAACCUGUGAUCAGCCUCGGAAGCUUCUAUCCCACCCUUCAGUGCACUGCACCUGAGUCUGGCCUUCUCCAGUACAGCAGGGGGCAUGGGAGUCUGAGGGGCAACCAGACAGGGCACAGGCCUUUGUGGGUCUGGCAAGUUCCCAUGGAUCCCCUUCAUGCUGGUUAGUGGAAGCCAUAUCAUAAACUCUAGGUAAGCUACCCAGCCCACAAUGCGAAUGACUUAAUCAGAAAUAUCACCCAUGAGGCUAAAGAGUAAACAUCAGCAGCAGGCGAGCAUGAUGUCCCUUAAAAGCCGAAGUUUGAGAUACCAGCAAUGGUGGCAAAAGAAGGAGUCCUGUUCCGUGUCCAUCCCUGUGUCCACAGGGAUGUCUGUGACACGUAGCCCCCCAUAGGAAGCAGUCCCUUGGGUGCCAAAUGUCACAUAUUUCUAAGCCAGAAUUCCUUUAGCACUUAGCAAGUACGGUUCUGUCCGGGAGCCCAAGGGAAGGACAGCGAAGGUCUUUUCCAUUCCUUGUUUGGGGAGGAGGCACAGGUGGCAGGUGGCAGGUGGCCACUGCUCCUCCAAGUCAGGUAGAGGCUCCUGUAGGAACUUAUCACUCUGUUUCCGCGUGCCAGGCUGCUGGAACCGAGCUCUCCCCAAAGUCCCUUUCUUGUAAUCUUAAAGCCACAUAAAGUUCUCAGGACUAAGCCAGGAUGACAAAGAAAGCGGGAUCCCUUUAUAUCCUGCUCUCCUGCCUGCAUAAAGAGGCCACCCCAGGACAGUCGCAGAGCUGGGGAACUUGUCCAGACUCGGCAAGCAAGCCAAGAUGCGGGAUUUCAGGGCUCCGGAUCCGGCCCUGAGAGAUGUGCGAGUGGGCACAUCUUGGAGAGUGGGCCCGGGGCUCCAAAACAAGCAUUUGCGAGCAAUUUAACGAGCCGAUUGCACAACAGCCGAUUAGUAGAUAAUCCAAGUCCUGGCUUGGCGCCGUGGGGGAGGUCGCCGCUGGUAAGCGGUGGUCGGCGGGAUUGGGGCUGAGCUAAUGGAGAGAAGGCGGUGGGCAUGCAGCCUCCCCUUAGGUUGAUUCGGGAGCGCCCCUCGCGAUCUCUCCGGAGCUCCCGCGCUCUCGGCGUCCCACCUGAAGCCACACCCUGCAGUCCAACUCCGCGCCAGGUGAAGCGGGCGUCGCACCGACGUGCUGCCGCCCCUCCUUGCCGUGCCCGCGCCGAGGUCCCUCCCGCGGAGGGCGGGCCCGGCUCCCGCGGCCUCUCGGGGCUCUCCGCGGCUUCCCGCUUGGCAGGUCGGCAGAGGACUGGCCCUGUAAGGUCCUGGGAUCUUCCCUCACCUCCAUGCUCUAGAGAGCUGACCGCAGAAGGGAGAAAGGAGAGACGAGAAGGCCACAGAAGGCACCAUGUUCCGAAAGAAGAAGAAGAAACGCCCUGAGAUAUCAGCCCCACAGAACUUCCAGCACCGUGUUCACACCUCAUUUGACCCCAAGGAAGGCAAGUUCGUGGGCCUGCCCCCACAAUGGCAGAACAUCCUGGAUACUCUGAGGCGGCCCAAGCCUGUGGUGGAUCCUUCUCGAAUCACACGGGUGCAGUUGCAGCCCAUGAAGACGGUAGUACGGGGCAGCUCAGUGCCCACAGAGGGCUACAUCUCCGGGCUGCUCAAUGACAUUCAGAAGUUGUCAGCUAUCAGCUCCAACACUCUGCGUGGACGCAGCCCCACCAGCCGGCGGCGGGCACAGUCCCUGGGGCUGCUAGGAGAUGAUCAGUGGGCGGCUGACCCGGAUAUGUACCUCCAAAGUCCUCAGUCUGAGCGCACUGAUCCCCAUGGCGUCUACCUCAGCUGUAAUGGGGGCACACCAGCAGGUCACAGGCAAACGCCAUGGCCAGAACCACAGAGCCCACAGGCCCUGCCCAAUGGCAUGGCUGCCAAGGCACAGUCGCUGGGCCCCGCUGAGUUCCAGGGUGCCUCCCAACGCUGCCUGCAGCUGGGUGCCUGCCUACAGAGUUCCCCACCUGGUACCUCACCCCCUAUGGCCACAGGGAGGCGUGGGGUGAAGGUUACCAAGCAUAGCUCGGAAGAGGCUCGACCACAAUCUUGCCUGGUGGGCUCAGCCAUUGGCAGACCAGGUGGAGAAGGCAGCCCCAGCCCUAAGACCCAGGAAAGCAGCCUCAAGCACCGGCUCUUCCGCAGCAUGUUCCUGUCCACUCCCGCCACAGGCUCUGCAAGCAGCAGCAAGCCGGUCCCUCUGCCACAGAACAAGCUCAAUUCUGCUUUCCGACCACCACAAAAAGAUUCCUCUUCAAACCUGGUAGCCAAGGCCCAGUCCUUGCCCUCAGAUCAGCCCACGGGGACCUUCAGUCCUCUGACCACCUCAGAUACCAGCAGUCCCCAGAAGUCCCUCCGCACAGCCCCAGCCACUGGUCCACUUCCAGGCCGGUCUUCUCCAGCAGGCUCCCCCCGCACCCGGCAUGCCCAGAUCAGCACCAGCAAUCUAUACCUGCCCCAGGACCCCACAGUGGCCAAGGGGGCCCUGGGUGGCGAAGACACAGGCAUCGUAACACAUGAGCAGUUCAAAGCUGCGCUCAGGAUGGUGGUGGACCAGGGUGACCCUCGGCUGCUGCUGGACAGCUAUGUGAAGAUUGGGGAGGGCUCCACGGGCAUUGUGUGUCUGGCCCGGGAGAAGCAUUCAGGUCGCCAGGUAGCAGUCAAGAUGAUGGACCUCAGAAAGCAGCAACGCAGGGAACUGCUCUUUAAUGAGGUGGUGAUCAUGCGUGACUACCAGCACCUCAAUGUGGUGGAGAUGUACAAGAGUUACCUGGUAGGAGAGGAGCUGUGGGUGCUGAUGGAGUUCCUGCAGGGCGGGGCCCUCACAGACAUCAUCUCCCAAGUCAGACUCAAUGAGGAACAGAUUGCUACUGUGUGUGAAGCUGUGCUUCAGGCCUUGGCUUACCUGCACGCCCAGGGUGUCAUCCACCGAGACAUCAAGAGUGAUUCCAUCCUGCUGACCCUUGAUGGCAGGGUGAAGCUCUCAGACUUUGGGUUCUGUGCUCAGAUCAGCAAAGAUGUCCCCAAGAGAAAGUCUCUCGUAGGAACUCCAUACUGGAUGGCUCCUGAGGUGAUCUCCAGAUCCCUGUACGCUACUGAGGUGGAUAUCUGGUCUCUGGGCAUCAUGGUGAUUGAGAUGGUGGAUGGAGAACCCCCUUACUUCAGCGACUCCCCAGUGCAAGCCAUGAAGAGGCUCCGGGACAGCCCCCCACCCAAGCUAAAGAACUCUUACAAGGUCUCUCCAGUGCUGCGAGACUUCCUGGAACGAAUGCUGGUACGGGAACCCCAAGAGAGAGCCACAGCCCAGGAGCUCCUGGAUCACCCCUUUCUGCUGCAGACGGGGCUGCCCGAGUGUCUGGUGCCUCUGAUACAGCUCUACCGCAAGCAGACCUCCACCUGCUGAGCCCACGCCCAGGGUGCACCUGCCACCUCUGUCCACAGGCCAAGGACGCUGGGCAGCCAUUCCAGUGGCAGGGCUGAUCUGCCAUGUUCUCUCAGUAUUCUCUCCAAAGAUUGAAUGUGAAGUUCCAUCCCUUCCCUCUUGCCCUUUUGCCCACUGGGCUAGGCCGGACCUGCCCCCUCAGCCUCACUCCCCAGAGUCCCAGUUGCCUUUGGGAUGACAGUGACCCCUUCUGCAGGUUUGGCCCUUUGUUAUUUGCACAGGGAUGUUUCUAAGAAACAUGGAGAGUGGUGCUCCUGGCCCCGAGCCAGCAAAGCUGACAGGCUGCUGCAGAUUUUUAAAGGCAGUGUCCACAGUGACCAGGGCCACCAAGAGGGUGCAUGCUCCUCCUUCACACAGACACUUGCUAUUCUCAGCUAAAGCUUCAAACCCUGGAGUCCCAGAGGGCCAUGGGGAAGGAUUUCACUGCCCAAAUCCUUCUUCCUCCUUUGGUCUGACUUCGGGAAGCCCCACUUGCACCUGUUUCCUGUCUGUCCCCUGGCACUGCCUCUCCCUAGAAAGCCUCUACAGGACUGUGAAUCGCCUGUGUGUGGGCCACGGGAGCAGCAAGGGGGAAUCUUCUGAGAGAGUGGGAUUGGCAGUAAAUGUGGUUCCAUUUUCCAGGAUGUAGAGAACAUAUUCUCAUUCUCAUUCUCUCUCUCUCUCUCUCUCUCUCUCUCUCUCUCUCUCUCUCUCUCUCUCUCUCUCUGCUGUGUGUGUGUGUGUGUGUGUGUGUGUGUGUGUGUGUGUGUGUGUGUGUGUGUGUGUAAACUUUCCCCAAAAGCCCAGGUCCUUCCAGUUACCCACAGAGAGCCUCAGAAGAGCUGCCCACCUCUUUUCUACCAAGCUCCACUUUGGACCUGGCUUUCUGCUUCUCAAGUCCCAUGUUCUUACCUAAAACAGUGAAGGGGUGUGUGUAUGUCAAGUCUAACACAUGCUGGGGGCCCUCGAAGUUUCUGAGUUUCUCCCAUACUAAGGCAGGAAUAGUAAGGGAAUAAACUUUGUUUUACCUGUCAGCAACUUCUCAGUAGCCAGAUCAGGGACCCCUCCUCUUCAGAACCCUGGGCUGGGACAGAAAGGUGAACCACCUCCAGGGAGGAGGUCCCUCAUGCCAAGGGAUGUGCACCUCCUUGUGUGAGCCUGCUGCCCCAGCUGCCCUGCAGAUACUUACCUGCCUCCCUAACCUUCCUCCCUUCCCAUCUUCCUGGCUGUUGUGAGACAGGGAAUGCCAAGGAAGAACUCCAGUGUCUGGACCCUAUCCAGAUAAUAUUUUUUAGACUCCUCUGCUCCCUGAUGACCUGCAUUAGGGCAAAAGAAAAUUGCAAGGUCUUUUUUUUUUAAAGGGUCAGAGUUUUAAAAAACAAAAGCAUCCUUCCCUAGAAAUUUUUGUGACUUGUUUGCACUUGUGCCUGUUUUAAAUUAAACUAAAUGUUCGAA